AUGGAGAACGACCGUGGUGACAUCGUGGACCUUUACGUCCCCCGCAAGUGCUCUGCCACGAACCGCAUCAUCAAGUCCAAGGACCACGGCUCUUGCCAGAUCACAAUCGCCAAGGUCGACGAGAACGGCCGUGCCAUCCAGGGCGAGAACAUUAUCUAUGCUCUAUCCGGCUUCGUGCGGGCUAUGGGCGAGAGCGACGAUGCUCUGAACAGACUGGCACAGCGGGACGGGCUCCUCAAGAGCGUCUGGAACCCCCAGAGAUAA